CUAUAAAUAGGAGCGGAGAGCCCUCAGUCAGAACACAAUCACCCUGACUUCUUCUGAGACUCCUGACCAACAGAAACAUGGCUCCUUACUCCUACUGCAGUGACGCUGCCAGUCUAAAGAUGUCCGGCAAGGAAAAGAAUAAACUAAGAAAACCAGUGGUGGAGAAGAUGCGCAGAGAUCGCAUCAACAGCUGCAUAGAGCAGCUCAAGAAGCUCCUGGAGAAGGAAUUCCAGCAGCAGGACCCCAACGCCAAGCUGGAGAAGGCCGACGUCCUGGAGAUGACAGUGACCUUCCUGAAGCAGCAGCUCCGACCUCGGGCUUCUGUCUCCGCCGUCCCCAGGGCGCACAGUGAAGGCUACACCCAGUGCUGGCGGGAGACCCUCCACUUCCUGUCCAGCUGCAAGGGUGCCGUGCCCCUGCAGUGGCUUCACUGUCUCCAUGGAUCCCAGAGGGCCACUCAGCAGCUCUACCCCAUGUCUCCUGCCAGCUCCACAUGUGAACUGGUUCCAGUGAAGCAAGAACCUGGUGCUGAGAAACCCAUCUGGAGGCCGUGGUAGAGCCACUGGGACAUGAGAACCUGAGGGGUGGUCAUCUGCCUCUCAAAGUGUAGGAAAGAUCAUUUCCACAGUGUUUAAUUUGUGGCCAGUUUUUAUUACCCAGUUUUUGUUAUGUUGUCUAGCUUCACAUUGAAAUUCAGUGUUCUUGCAGUGCAAAUGUACAUUGUUCACAGAGAACUUAUUUUAAAUCCUUCAUAUUGAAGGAAAAUGUUAUCUUAAUAUAUAGUGUAUGUUGCUUUUUACAUUAGUUUUGACAGCAUGCUAUAUGUUUCCUUUAAUUCCUACAUUUUGUAGCUGAUGUAACGUUAACUUCCAUGAAGGGGGUGAUAGUUAAAAAUAUUAUAUGCAGUUGUCAUAUUUGCAUUCCAUAUUAGCUGUGUAUUUCCGUGUAUUGUGUUCUUAAGGGCACAGAGAGACAGCAGGGUAGCUGAUUGUCAGCGGCUCUACUGUUCCCUGAUUCUCACUGCUAAAGAAUAAAACAGUUAAAUGCCAACCAAAGCUGGACGUUUCUG